CAUGAGCCGCCUCUACGACGACCGCGCGCUGCGGAACCGGGCGGUGCGGGGCGCGCGGCUGCCCGGCGCCUGGGACCCCGCCGCGCACCAGGGCGGCCCCGGCGUCCUGCUGGAGGGGGAACUGGCCGACGUCUCCCGCCACAGCGUCUGCGACGCCCGGGGCCGCAAGGAACGGUACUACGUCUUGUACAUCCGGCCCGGCCGCGUUCACCGCCGGAAAUUUGAUGCCAAGGGAAAUGAGAUCGAGCCCAACUUCAGUGACAGCAGGAAGGUGAACACCGGCUUCCUCCUGUCCUCCUACAAGGUGGAGGCCAAGGGGGACACAGACAGGCUCACACCCGAGGCCCUGCAGGAGCUGGUGAACAAGCCGGAGCUGCUGGCCCUGACUGCCGGCCUCGCCCCCGAGCGCACGGUGGCCUUCUGGGUGCCCGAGGCAGAUAUGGAGGCGAUGGAGCUGGAGCUGGGGACCGGGGUGCGGCUGAAGACUCGGGGCGAUGGCCCUUUCCUAGAGUCGCUAGCCAAGCUGGAGGCUGGGACCGUGACCAAGUGUAAUUUUGCUGGUGAUGCAAAGACAGGCGCGUCCUGGACAGACAACAUCAUGGCCCAGAAGUCUUCCGAGGGGACCCUCGAGACCCGCGAGCAGGGAGACGGGGUAGAGGAUGAGGAGUGGGAUGACUGACAUUAAUGGGCCAUGGAUGUCUCCAGGUCCAGCCUGCAUGUCCCGUGGAACCUUCGAGAACUGCCCCUUUCCACUUCUACCCUGGAGCUGAAGGGAGCAGCCAGCCAACCAGGCCCUACCUGCUUCUCCCCAUGCUGCCUUUGGAUUAGCCUUUAAACGAGCUCAGCUGAAAUCACAUCCAAGCCCUGGACACUGGUGGAGGGACCUCAGCUGCAGCUUGUGUGGCAGAGGGCAGGUGGUGGUGGACAGGGUCCCUGCCUUCCUGCACGCUGCCAUCUGCCCUCCUUGGCUGCUGCCCUGUGGGCUCGGUUCUCAGGGAGGCCGGCAGCCUUUCAGGUGUGACCGGUGCCUCCACUCUCAGACUCUCUGCCAGGUCACUUUAUGUCUGUUUACGUCUGGGGAUCAAAGCCGGGGCUUCGUGUGGGCCAGGCAAGGGCUUCGCUAACAAGCUGCACCGCCAGCUGUGGCCUGGCACACACGCUCGGUUCCACCUUUCUUUGUUAAUUGUUUUGUACUUGGAGAACUUUCUACAGAUGAGUAAAUCUUUAGGAAAGAA